AUGGAAGGACGUCUCCAGUACGGUGUCUUUCCUGAUGCAGUCAAGCAUCCUAUAGUCUUGCCCUCGGACCACCCUAUCACAGCCAUGGUUAUCAGGCAGACUCACUUACGGUUGUUGCACGCUGGCGUUCAAGGAACACUGACUGACCUACGGGAGGCCUACUGGGUCAUUCGAGGACGGCAAGUGGUUAAGAGGGUGGUGCACGGCUGUCGCGUCUGCCGGCGAGCGAAAGCCCGCGCGUGUACUGAGAUUGCUGGUCCCCUGCCUCGGGACCGAAUAUCAGCUGCAGCGCCAUCUGAUGUGACAGGAAUCGAUUAUUCUGGGCCACUCUUUUACAGACCACCCUAUGGAGAGAGCAAUGUUUCAAGAACGUGUUACAUCCUCAUCUUCACUUGCGCCGUAACUAGGGCAGUUCAUUUAGAGGUCACAGAAUCUAUGACUGCCGAAGACUUUUUGAAGGCCUUCAAGAGAUUUGUAUCGAGGCGAGGUGUGCCAGGAACAGUAUACUCUGAUAAUUUCCGCACCUUCAAGCGUGUGUCCAGUGAACUUUCCGUUGGCCAGCUGUCGCAGGAUCCAGGUGUGAACGGGUUCCUUACGGUACAUCGGAUCAGCUGGAAGUUUAUCGUUGAGCGCGCUGCCUGGUGGGGAGGCUUUUGGGAACGCCUAAUAAAAAGCGCCAAGGUGUGUCUACGGAAGAUACUGGGAAAAAGCACCCUAACGUACAGCGAGCUUGCCACUGUUGUCAUGGAGGUGGAAGCCGUUCUGAAUUCACGGCCCUUGACUUAUGUUUCCGAGGAUCCAGACAAUCUCUCCGUGCUCACGCCUGGGCAUUUCCUGGUUCGUAAACGUAUUACAGCCCUUCCCUACGAGCCUGCAGUCGAGUUGCGUUCGACGUCAAACCAGCUGAGGCGACGAUGGAAGUACCGCGAGCGCUUGAUAGAGUCGUUUUGGACUACCAAGGAGUAUAUCCUGUGCCUAAGAUCCGCGAACAUACGCAGGCCACUUUCAUCGUGCAGCGUCAAGACAGGAGACAUCGUUCUCAUAGCCAAGGAGAACGCGCCUCGGGUGUCUUGGCCCCUUGGCCGCGUUGAAAGUACAAGAGAGAGCGCCGAUGGCCGCAUCCGAUCUUGCCAGGUCAGGAUAUCGGGGGCAAAGUUAUCUGUAGACCAAUUCAACUGCUACACAAGUUAG